ACGUCAAAACCAAGUGCGUGCCUUUCUAUCGUCAAUCAAAAUAAGAAUAAAUCAAUGAAAAUGUGGAAAAAAGUAGUUUUAAUACCUGGAAAUAAAACUGACAUGAUAUCUGCAAUUUUAGUUUUAUUUGAAAACUGAAAAAGCAGAAUGAGGUCAUCGGGUUUUUUGACGACGCUCACGAAUGUUAACUUCUCACGAGAAAUUUAUCGGGACAUCAUGAAAUCAAUAUUUCCUUCUUUACAAAUGUUUCAUGAUAUUACGAUUACAAUCUAUUGAUUUUUUUACGAUAAUUAAUCGUUCUGCUUCAUAAUAAAGUGCAUCAAAUGUAAGUUUCGAAGGUUAUGUUCGUUCGACGUUUUUAAUUAAGAGUGAAUUGAGUUGAAAAGAAAAGCAUAAUGACACUGUAUUUCGACACCCGGGUUCAGAAUGCUGAAAACUCGUCGUUUAGCACUUGUGCCACUUGGCAUCCAAAUUUGCCAUUCCUGGCAGUUGCUGCCUAUUCUCAAGACAAAGGUGGCUUCGUAACUCUUUACGAUGAUCAAGGAGAACCUCUUCCAGAUGUGGAAUCUCCUGGACACUCGGUUGCCCAGGUCACAGCACUUGGCUGGCAUCCUGAGAGAAAAUGGCUAGCAGCUGGAUGGGAAAGCGGAGAAAUGCGGAUGUGGCCGGGAGACACCGGAUCGAGUGAAUUUAAUACGAUCGUAACUCCUCAUCGAGAUCCGAUAAUGAUUUUGCAGUGGAGUCAAAACGGUGGAAGAUUGGUGUCUGCCGAUGCGGGCGGAUCUAUCGUUGGCUGGAAAAUAGACUCGAGAAAUCAACUUCUCAUGACUUUUCAUCAUGAGUUGAAAGAUUCUUUCGUUCAUAUUGCCUUCAAAAUUUCGCCCCCGAAACCCGGCGUCGAUUUAAGCGGACUGGCAAAAGCAGCAGUCGCAGGGGAUGAAAGGGCAUUGGAUCUUUUCAGUUCCUGGCGUCCGAAAACUGCCGCACCAACGGCAGUGACGACUCAAAAAGACAGUCACGCCUUCUACAUUGGCACCGCAAAUUGUGUGAUUUAUUUUGUGGAUAUUCAAGGCCAGUGCACAGAAGUUCUCAAUGCUGAUGGAACAGAUUUACAUUCCUUAUUGUAUCAUCAGACUAGGGAUUCUCUAGUUGUAAUGACCGAGGGAUUAAAUAUCGCUCACUAUCAAGCAGAUCCUGUCAGUGGAAGGCUCACAGAAUUGACGAAAAGAGGCUCGUGCAGAUUUCCUGCGGAGAAGCGACGCUUCCGACUGUUGAUUCGGGAGGCGAUAAAACAUAAGAAUCUCCUGUAUGAAGAAACUCUCGCGGCUGGAACGAACCUCGGCACAAUCUACUUCUGGAAAAGAAAACAAUUUUCCGAAUCCAGCGAAAAUAGCUGGCCAACCUGUCCGGAAUCCUGCACCGUUCACGGAACCGUAAAACAACUCGCCUGGGGUGCCGUACUAUUAAGAAGUCCUCUCCUAGCCGUAAAUUGCAUCACCAACGUAUUUAUUCUCAACCAGCAACCGAUGUGUGCCGCUUACAAUGACGGCAUCAGCGCGAGUCAAAUCAGCCCCACACAAAUUCUGAUCCAGACCGAAGACCAGACUCACAUCCUAAAAACUGAGAUCCAGGUCCAAAUUGUCGCCCUGAACAAAGAGAACAUUGUCGUUUCUUCCGGCAGACAAGUCGUACUCUACAAAUUAAACAAGGAGGCGAAUGUCUUAAACACGAGCUUUCUCUCAAGUUUCGUUUGCGACACGGAAAAAAUUCUGAUUUAUCAGAGCAUUCUCGUCAUUUUGACGCCAGUCGUCAUCCAAUUGCGAUCCAUUGAAGGAACAAUCAUUCAAACUCUGUCGACGCUUCCCGAGGAAGGGGAGCCGAUCACGAUGGAAUUAACGGGACAGUAUUUGACAGUCGGUUCCUUGAAUGGGAUUUUGAAGAUAUGGGAUUUGGGAAAACGAGAGGCGAAAUUGUACACGAGAGCGAUGGCAACUUAUCAAGCUAUCAGCGAUUUUGCGGAAAUUAUUGAAGCGAGGUGUAAUUCCGAUUGCAGAUAUGUCUCGAUCACUGUCGCGAUGGCGAAUCUGAUGCCGAGCUCGAUUUUAUACGUCUGGGAUAUUGAAAGCGAUCAGCUCCAUGAAUUUGACUUUGCUGAUCGGGAUGAUGGCAAUGAUGAUUAUUCGGACACUGCGAGUGUCGUCCUGGUUUCGAUGUUUGUCUCUUCAGACCACGGAAUCGUCGUCCAGGAUGUUAGAUCCUUAAAGGACGAGAAUUCUCGUUUAUUGGGAGUUCGAUCCCCACACAUAAUUAUUUUGAAUUCCGAAUUAUCUCUGAGUACCGAAAGCAAGAUUGCUCAUCUCCUGAUGAAGGAUUUCGAGGAAUUGGGUAGCUGCGACCCAAUCACGAAAAAGGCUAUUUUGGAUUUUUGUUUUUACUUGAGCAUUGCAAAUAUGGACGAGGCUUUCAAGGCGAUAAAGACGAUUAAAAACGAGACUGUGUGGAACAGUUUGGCGAAAAUGUGUGUCAAAACGAAGCAACUCGAUAUGGCGAUGCUGUGCUUGGGACACAUGAAACAAGCAAGAGGAGCCAGGGCUCUCAGAGAAGCAAUGCAGAACGAUUCUUUAGUCUUGGAGGCUAAAGUUGGAAUUUUGGCGGUCGAACUUGGACUACACAAUGAUGCCGAACGUCUUUUCCGAGAAGCCAAAAGGUUGGAUCUCGUCGGCUCUUUGUUGGAGGCUCGUAACAAAUUCAAAGAGUCGAUUGCAUUAGCUUCAAGUGAAAAUAAAAUUCGAGAAAAGACGAGUUACUACAAUUACGCGAGAGCACUCGAGCAGGAAGGAAAAAUAAUCGAGGCGAUCGAAAUGUACACGAAAGCUGAUUGUCAUAGAUUUGAGGUUCCAAGAAUGCUUUUGCUUAAGCCUCGUGAACUUCAAACCUAUCUGAAUACAUCGGAAGACCCAGACGUAAAAAAUUGGCACGCCCAAUAUACGGAAUCCACAGGCGAUAUGGAAGGCGCUUUGCGAUUGUAUGAAGCCGCACACGAUACUCUCUCAAUGACGAGAUUAUUGUGUUUUUUAAAUCGAGAGAACGAGGCCUGUGACCUGGUGAUGAGAACGAAUCAUGCGGCUUCAGCCUAUCAUUUAGCUGCACAUUACGAGUCGAGAAAUAAUGUGACACAAGCUGUUCACUUUUAUUCCAUGGCGAAGGCCUACACGAAUGCAAUCCGACUCUGCAAGGAGCACGAAUUGUUGGAGGAAUUAUGGCCUCUCGCGAUGCUAGCACCCCGUCAAUCUCAACUAGACGUCGCAAAAUUCUUGGAGGAAAAUGACGAGCCGAACAAGGCAGUUCUUCUAUAUCACAAAUCCGGAUUGCUGCGAAAAGCGAUGGAUCUGGCUUUCAAAACUCAACAAUACGAGGCUCUCCAGCUGAUCACGAUGGACAUAAAUGCCGAGUCGGAUCCGGCUCUGAUAAAAAAAUGCGCCGACUAUUUCGUCGAGAACGGGCAGAUCGAGAAAGCGGUCGAUCUCCUUGCAACCGGGAAAAAAUACAUCGAGGCUCUUGAGCUCAUCCAGGAGCACAAUAUCAGUUUGAGCGAGGAGUUGGCCGAGAAGAUGACUGUCGAGAGAGCCGAGAAGGAUUUCGAGCGGGAAAAAUUGCGUAUUUCCUGUUUGGAGAGAAUCGGGGAAAUUGCCUUUCAUCAGGGCAACUAUCACCUAGCGACGAAAAAAUUCACCCAGGCGGGUAACAAAUUGCGAGCGAUGAAGGCACUUUUGAAGUCGGGCGAUACCGAGAAAAUCUGCUUUUUUGCCCAAGUCUCGCGACAGAGGGAGAUUUAUAUAAUGGCUGGGAAUUAUUUGCAGAGUUUGGAUUGGCAGAAUCAGCCGGACGUUUUGAGGAAUAUUAUCAAUUUUUAUUCCAAGGGUAAAGCGAUGGAUUUGUUGGCGAAUUUUUAUGUCGCUUGUGCACAGGUGGAGAUUGAUGAGUUUCAGAAUUAUGAGAAGGCGCUCGAUGCUUUGAAUCAAGCGAGUAAAUGUUUGGGGAAGGUUGUCGAGCCGAGGGAUUCUGAGGUACAUAGGAGGGCCAUUGAAGUCGUCACUGGAAGAAUGUCGACGAUAAAACGAUAUUUGGAUAUUAGGAAAUUAUUUGAUAGAGGCGAUACCGAAGCGGCUAUGAAUCAAGUUCGCCACCUGCUCGAUACUCAAGGACCUGAUUUGGAACAAUCAGUUCGUCGCGGCGAUUUGUUCGCGACAAUUACACAGCAUUUUGCCGAUAUUGGCAAAACCGACACGGCGAGAGCAACUGUCGAAGAACUGAAGCGUCUCGUGCCUGGAAUAAAUUUAAAUUAUUAUUACAACGUGAAUUUGCUGGAAGCCCUCGGUUACAAAAUCAACGUCGAACGAGAGGACAGUUCAGACAAGGACGACGGAAUCGAGGAAUUGCUCGGUGAAUCAUAAUCAUGAUAAAAUAGAGGGUGUCUACUCAUUUUUUGCCAC